AUGAAAACUACAAGGCAUACUUGUAUAUUGAGGAAGUAAAGCAUGUAGGACCCUCUCACAACUCUGCCUAUAUAGAUUACCAGUAGCUUUUCAAGAUCACACCAAGUAUUCUUUUCAUCUUUCUUCUCUUAAAAAAACCUAAAAGCAUGGAUGCCCAGAAGAACAACACCAAUCUUGGUGAUAUCUCUUUUUCUUCUUACCUCAACUCAGCAGAAGAUGUCUUGCCACAUAAGCUUGCAGACUCCAUUCAGAAAUCCUAUUCAGUCCACGAAAACCCGGGUGCAAGAAGCUUUGGGAGAAGUAAUCAAGAGGCUGAAAUCAGUGUGUUUGGUGCUGAAAAGUACUUCAACAUGAGAUUAGAUGAAGAGGGUCCGGGAAAGGAUUUCAAUUUUGGUACGAAAGAAAACCAGGUUGAUCAGAUGAAACCGAUAAGAAGCAGGCCUGGAACUCCAAGCAUAGCUUCUGAAUCCAGUUGGAACAGCCAAACUGCUUUGUUAACUAGGAAAGAGUCUUUAAACAAGACAAAGAAGGUGAAGGGAAGAAGCUUCUUAGCUGGUCUUAGCUGCAAUGGAUCUUGUACAGAUGAGAAAUCUGUUUGCUUGAAUCACGAUGCUGAUAAGAACAAAAGGGUUCAUGGCAGAGCUCAGUUGGACCAAAAUCACAUUGUUUUGGAUGGUAGCAAACAGUCAAAGCCAAGAUUUCAGGUUAAACAUGAGCCUAAUUGUCCAAGAUCUCAAAAGGUGAAUAUUGGACCAAACAGAGAAGAGUACUUUGCACUGCAAAUCAAGAAGUCUGAUGUCCAACAUCUCAAGAUCAAGAAGCCAACAGAUCAAAAUCACAAAAUCAAAGAACAGGCAUGGAAAUCUGCGAAGGUGUUAAAUCCUAACUCCAUGAAUAAGGGAGACAUAGCAAUGAAUCUUGAGAAGAAACUUUCCAUGCUAACUUGGGAUGCUAUACCAAAUGCCCCAACCAUGUCAAUUACUUCCAUGAGCAGCAAAAAGGGUGAAGAUAUAGAGAGUGAUGCCAGCUCUGAUCUCUUUGAGAUAGAUAAUAUAUCUGGGUCUGUACCUCAAUCAACGUUGUACGAGCCAAGUGAAGCUAGCAUUGAAUGGAGUGUCGUCACAGCCAGUGCAGCCGAUUUCUCAGUUGCUUCAAAUUACGAUGAAAAGAAAGCAGUCAAUGUUAAAACCUACGGUGCCAAAACCAAGUCCAUGGUACACAAUGAGUUGCAGACAAGCCGGUCUGCUGGAUUAUUGGGCUGCAAGAGUCAGAAAGCAGUUAGUGUCUCUGAGACUGCAUACAGGAGCCUCGAGAAGUCGAAACUUCACCCAAUCUUCCCGUUAGGAUGUUACAACAUGAAAUAAAAGGUGAAAGAUUUGAUGAUUUUCCCAAGUCCUCUUUGUGAAAAACUUUCUUUAUUCUACUUUACAAAUCAAGUAUUUUGAAGUGGGGCAUGUGUGAUGGAAAAAUUUCAUAUGAUAUGAAAUUUCAGCUUCUUUU